GUUCAGUGCCGUCAAGUCGAAUUUCGACCUUGAGGACGCUACUAGUGUGUAUGAUAUUGUUAUGCAGUCUACUUUCCAAAUAACACUUAUAUCAUUACAGACGAUUUCAUAAAAGUCAUCAAAAGUAUUACUUCUUAUCCAGAUACUUUAUGUUAUGCCGAAUCAAACUACUUGUGGUUUAGUUAAUAAACAAGCAUGUCGUUAACAAGUUUCGUCAAGUUUAGAAAUCAAGACUAUUCUACUUUAAAAAAGGAGCAAUUAACCAGAGGAGUCAAGUUUGUCGACGAUGAAUUCCCACCAGAAUCAAUGAAUUUGCAAUGUCUUAAUAUACCUGCUGGUCCUUUAAGUUACUUGCGAUCUUCUGAAAUUGUCUCUGAUCCAUGUUUCAGUCGAAAUGAAUCAUAUUUUAGUCUAAAAAGAGGCUUUGUAAAAAAUUUCAAUAUUCUCCUCGCAUUCACCGGUCUGAAAUAUAAGGCGAAGUACUGGGCAAAAGUACUUGUUGAUAUAAAAUCUCAAGAAUGGGAUGUACAACAUAUCAAUGAACAUCCGGGAAUCUUUCGCUUUCGAUUUUGGCAAGAAGGCAUGUAUUUUGAAGUAACAAUUGAUGAUCUAUUACCAUGUUAUGAAGGAAAGUGUAUAUCUUUAUCAUCUUCUAGUACCAAAGAGUUUUGGCCAGCCUUAUUAGAAAAAGCCUAUGCUAAAUUAUUAGGUGGCUAUGAUAAAUUGGAGUAUGUUCGACUAGAAGAAGCUAUGAUGGAUUUGACUGGCGGUGUGACUGAAUCAAUUAGUUUACAAAAUUUAUAUUCUGCACCAGCUAUGAAACAAGUUUUGUUCUUUGAACAAAUGGAGAAAGAUUUAAUUGAUGAGUGUAUUGUAAUAUUUUGUACAAAAGAAGACAGUGAACAACAGGAUGGUGAUUCUGAAACAUCGCCUCAUAUCUUCGGAGCUCCUAAUCUUCAUGAUCAUGUGCUUAAUAAAGAAUCUGGACUUUAUCUAAAUUAUGGCUAUUUAUUAACAAGAGUUUGUGGAGUUCCGAAAGAUCUUAGCGUUUUUGGUGCAUUUAAAGAUAUGUUUAGACGUGCUGGUGAUUGUCCUAUACAAGCUCGUUUAAUGCGUUUACGUUGUCCUUUGAGUGUAAUCGAUAGUGGUUCUGGUCAAGGUGAAUGGAAAGGAGCUUACAGUUCAUCAUCUAGUGAAUGGGAAGAAAUAAAUUUAGAGGCACGAAAACGACUAGGUUUAACUUUUGAUUCAGAAACUGAAUUUUGGAUACCACUUGAAUUUAUACUACAACAUAUGUCUGGUGUGUUAAUAUGUCGUUUUCCCGAUACUAGUUUUGUUAGUUUACCUGGACAUAUAACAUGGCGUUUAUGUGAACAUCAUGGUGCUUGGUGUGGUCAUCAAACUGGUGGCAAUUUACAAUAUCGUAAUACAUUUCUACAUAAUCCUCAAUAUUAUUUCGAUAUAAUGAAUGAUUCCGAUGAAGUUCUACUAUCUCUUGUACGUAAAUAUAAUCGUGAUCCACUAACUAUGGUCAUAGAACCUGAUUUAAGUCCAUUGUCUAUUGGUUUAGGUCUAUUCAAGAUUGAAAAUAAUCGUCCUGUAAAAUCGCAUACUUUAGCAUUCUGUCAAGUAAUUCACGUGGAACCAUCUAGACCAUAUCGAGUUUGUCUUAUUCGUGCACGUUUAACUGUUGGUCGAUAUUUAGUAGUUCCAUUCUUGGAACAACCAUUAUCGACAGCUGCUUAUUUAUUAAGAUUAUAUUUACCAAAACGUUCAGAAAGCAGGGAAUUUACUUUAGAUAUUCCACAGAAUGGUUUUUUAGAUUUUUUCACUGGUAAACCAAAAGGAGCUGUACGUUUACAUGUUCAUAGUGCAUCGAAUCUUCUAUGGCCUGAUGGUAAAAAUCCUCCAUCACCAUAUUGUAUUAUUAAAUGUGAAUAUGAUACUGUACAAACUACCAUUUCACAAAGUAAUAAUAAUCCUGUCUGGAAUGAAUAUUUUAUAUUUUAUCGUCGUAAAUUAAAUAAACCAAUUGAAAUACAAAUAAUGGACAAACAUGCAUUAGGAUUUGAUGUAUUUCUUGGACGGCAUAGUUUUACAGAAGCGGAAAUUUCCAAUCGUUGUCAACAAGAAGUAGCACUCUAUGGAAGAGAUACAAAAGCUGAACGAUUUCAAAAAAUGAAAGGUUCAUUAUUCAUUGAAUUUUACAGUGUUGGUCAAGAAGACUUUAUGAAUAUUUAAUAUGAGAAAAGAAGAUCAAUAUUGUUUUUUGACAAUGUCUAUACUGUAAUCCCAUCAUCAUCGUCCUGUUUGAGAGGAUGGAGAAUACAAGUACAACUUAUUUUGAUCAGUUAAUUACCACUGUUUGUUUUAUACUUGUGAUAUAAUGCAUUAUCUGUGAUAAAUCUCCUUCUUUGUCUGUCUCCCUCUGUCUUAUUCUUUUGUGAUAUAUAUAUAUAUAUAUAUAUAUAUAUAUAUAUAUAUAUAUAUAUAUAUCUGUUUGUAUAAUCCCUUUUCUCCUAUAUACUUUGAAAUACUGGUUUGACUUAUUUAAAACUAUUUAGUAAUAAUGCUUCAGGGGAUAUGGUUUUGAGAUUAUAUAAUUAUUAAUGGUGUCA